GACUGCUAGCUGCACAGCUAAGCUAACUAGCUAACAGAUUUAAACAAAAAUGUUUUUAAAUCACUUUUUUUUUUUUUUUUAAUUAUCUGGGUUAUCCUGGCAAUGUGAAUUGAAAUAGAAUGACAUGAAACAGCCGUCUGGACUGCUAGCUGCAUGGCUAACUGAGCCACUAGCUAAUGGCAGCUGUAGUUAGCAGCAUUUGGAGGUUACUGUAGCGAGAUGCAGCCAGUUACUUGUUUUAAGCAUGACUUUGACAGGUGGUUAACUCUAUCAUAUUGCACCCUUAAUAAUUAGCAAAUGCUUUUCUUCUAAAAUGACAGUUUCUUUUGACGUUUCAGUCUUUAAGGAAAGCAAACAGAUGAGAAACAGCUUUAAAGUUUGAACUCUGUCGUCCUGUCCUGUGAGCUCUCAGACCAAACUUGGAGAGGACGACGCUUCACACUGCUCUGACACUGUGGCAGAGAAGGAGAGAGCAAGGAAAGAAGAUAUCACAGUGAUGCUGUCAGCAGUGCACUGUCAGUGAAGUCAUCAAACACGACUGGAGACAUUUUCAGCAGAGGCACCCUGACGAGCCCAGACCAGGUGAAAAAAUGCGAUCCAGGAGCUGCACCGUGGAGGGUCCAGAUGACGGACACAUCCAGCCCACCAAAGGCUUCAUCAAGCAGGAGGAGGGGAACACGCCGGAGCUCACCAAGAGGAAGAUGAAGGUCCAGCGAGAAGACAGAGACGGAAGGACGGCGGUGUCCGGAUCAGCCAAGAAGCCUCAGAAACCAGCAGAGGGCAGGAAGACGCAGCUGCCCGAUCUGUCCAAGAAGGACCUGUUCCACCUGCUGGGAGUCAUGGAGGGAGAAGUUCAGGCCAGAGAGGACAUCAUCAGCCUGCUGAAGUCGGACAAAACCAGACCGGAGACUCUUGAGGCUCACUACGGCUCUUCCGUCCCCAUCAAACCCCUGCAGGCCCUGCAGAGAGACACUCUGUUCACCGUUAACAACAAAAGCACAGAAGACGUGUACGAGAAACCCAUGGCCGAGUUGGACCGUCUGGAGGACAAACAGAAGGAGACGUACCGACGGAUGCUGGAGCAGCUGCUGCUGGCCGAGAAAUGUCACCGCCGCACCGUCAUGGAGCUGGACAACGAGAAACGCAAGCACACCGACUUCAUGAACAAGAGCGACGACUUCACCAACCUGCUGGAGCAGGAGAGGGAGAGACUCAAAAGGCUGUUGGAGCAGGAAAAGGCCUACCAGGCUCGUAAGGACAAGGACCACAGCAGGAGGCUGGAGAAGGUCAGAGCGGAGCUGGUGAAGCUGAAGUCCUUUGCCCUGAUGUUGGUAGAUGAGCGGCAGCUGCAUAUCGAGCAGAUCGACCAGCAGAGCCAGAAGGUCCAGGACCUGACUCAGAAGCUGCAGGAGAAAGAGCAGCGCUUGGCGGUGGUCAGCGACGCAGCCAAGGAGGACGACCAGAGGGUCCUGAAGCUGGAGGCCGAGCUGGAGCAUAAAGCAGCAAAGUUCGCACAGGAACACGAGGAGAUGACUGCCAAGCUCGCCAGUGAAGAGUCCCAGAGCCGACAGCUCAGACUGAGGCUGUCUGGACUGGCACAAAGGAUUGAAGAGCUGGAGGAGAGCAACAAGGUCCUGCGCAAAUCAGAGGAAGAUCUGCAGGAACUGAGGGAGAAGAUCAGCAAAGGGGACUGCGGGAAUUCAUCUCUCAUGGCCGAGCUAGAGAACCUGCGGAAGAGAGUGCUGGAGAUGGAGGGCAAGGACGAGGAGAUAACGAAGACAGAGACUCAGUGCAAGGAGCUGAAGAAGAAGCUGCAGGAUGAGGAGAACCACAGCAAGGAGCUGAGGUUUGAGGUGAGCAAACUGCAGAAGAGGAUGGUUGAGAUGGAAAAACUAGAGGGGGCCUUCAACCGGAGCAAGACGGAGUGCUCCCAGCUUCAUAUAAACCUGGAGAAAGAGAAACGCGUUGUGAAGGAUCUGGCCGGCGAGCUGGAGACGGUGAAAACGAAGAUGAAAGAGCUAGAGAGCUCAGAGUCGAAGUUCGAGAAGGCGGAAAUGGUCCUCAAUGACGAUCUGAUGAAGCUGAAGUCCUUCACGGUUAUACUGGUGGAUGAAAGAAAAAACAUGGCGGAGAAACUUAAACAGGAAGAACAGAAAAGCGAGGAUUUAAGUAAGAUGUUCAAAGCCGAGCAGGGCAAAGUCACGGAGGUCACGGAGAAGCUGAUCGAGGAGAGCAAAAAACUCCUCAAGUUCAAAUCGGAAAUGGAAUUCAAAGUGACGACUCUCACCAAGGAGAAAGAUGAGUUGAAAACUCAGCUUGCAAGUAAAGAGGAAAAGUGUCAGGAGCUGAAUACCAAGCUGAGCAGCAUGAAAAUACGAAUGGAAGGGCUUGAGGAGACAGAGAAGGAAAUGCAGAGAAAGUGGGCCAACAAGGAUAUUAGCAGAAAUCCAGAUGAGGACAACAAAAUAAAAGAUCUCACGCUAGAAAUCGAAAGACUGAAGAGCAGGCUCAAACAACUUGAGGUGGUAGAGGGAGACUUAAUGAAAACAGAGGAUGAGUAUGAUCUGCUGGAGAAGAAAUUCAGGACGGAGCAGGACAAAGCUAACGCUCUCUCUAAGCAGCUGGAAGACAUGAAAAGUCAGAUCGCGAGAAACAAGGCCAUUGAGAAAGGCGAGGUCGCGUGUCCGGAGGCUGAGCUCAGAAUUCGCUGCAAGAUGGAGGAGGCCAAAACCAGAGAGCUGCAGGUGGACGUUCAUGCCCUGAAGGAGAAAAUCCACGAACUGAUGAACAAGGAGGACCAGCUCUCCCAGCUGCAGGUGGAUUAUUCGGUACUCCAGCAGAGGUUCAUGGAAGAGGAGGAGAAAAAGAAGAGCAUGAGCCACGAAGUUGCAAACCUCACCAGGGAGCUGGAAGCCACCAAGAGAUACAGCCGUGCCUUGAGGCCGAGCAUGAACGGCAGCAGGAUGGUUAAUGUCCCAGUUGCCUCCACGGCAGUGCAGACUGAUGCAAUGGCAAGUGAGCCAGCCGAGGACGACACGGCGGCAGGCUUUAUCCAGAAAUCAGUGCUUGAGGAGAACCACUUGAUGAGCAACCUCAGACAACAGGGACUGAAAAAGCCCGCGGUUCUCGAGCGAUACCCGCCGGCGUCGGCAGAAUUUGGGGCGGGAAAAUCCUGGAUACCCUGGAUGAAGAAGAAGGAUGCCAUCACUCUCACUCAGACGACCCCUGAAAAGACCAACGGGGCGUCGUUGCUCCAUCCGCCUGAGAUGACCAUGUCCCCGAAGCCAGGACAGCCACUCCGCAUCCGAGUGACCCCGGAUCCCGGGAACAGCACCGCCACCUUGGAGAUCACCAGCCCCCGAGCCGAGGAUUUCUUCUCCAGCACCACUAUCAUCCCAACACUCGGCCUCCAGAAACCUCGCAUCACAAUCGUCCCAAAGCCCACAACCGUGAGCUCCAAGGGCAAACCCUGUGAUCCCGAUCGAGCCAAAUCUCCGGUCAAGAUCACCGCCAUCUCCAGGGCCAAGAGUCCAGAGAAGACUAACGGCUGCAGCUCCGACAGCCUUCAGUCGCCGGUGUCCAUCAUCACUGUCAGCACCACUCCUGUGGCUGAGGCGUGUGCUUCGCCUGAACCGCACAACAUCGCCACAGGCCGCACAGUGAUCAAGAUGACCCCAGAGAAGCAACCCGGGAUCGCGUCUUACAGGAAAUACAACGGCAAGAGCAACAUCAUCACAACAGAGGACAACAAGAUCCACAUCCACCUGGGCUCGCAGUUUAAAAGGCCCUCCGAGGGCUGCAGUGGCCCGGUGAUGACGCUCGGCCUCGGCCCAGAAAGCAGCAAGGAAAUGCCAACGGGGACGGUGCUCCGCUCCCCGCGAAUGCCGUCGACAGGAAAGGCGACUCUGGGCAAAAUGACCAGCAGCAUAACGAUCACACCCGUCACCUCUGCAUCGUCCAGGCCGACACAGUCAGUGCCCAGUUCGGAUGUGCAGUCAGCUCGGAGCGCGGCCACGCGGAUCCCUAUGUCAAAAGGUAUGAAACCGUGCAGCAAGGCAGUUCUGGGCGUGUCGACGGUGACGAGGUUAGAGUCGCGGGCCGAGAGCCAGUCGAUGAAAAUCGAGCUGAGGAAGUCAACGAUUUGUGCCUCUGCCUCCACAGUGGGGGGCAAGAACUGAGGGCUAGAUAUGUAUGCUGCCAUGGCAACGUUUCAGUGAUUGAGUUUGUGGCCAAAUCUGCUGCCAAAUAUUAGAUACAGGCCUCAUCAGCACAUGAACAAGUGGGACUCUGUGUGUGAUGUCGCCUCUUACAACAGCUCUGCUUUUCAUCGAGACCUUCGGAUUUGUUUUGCAAUAUGUACGUUAUUUUGAUUUUCCACCGUCAUGAUGCAGGUCUUUGCAUGCCCCCCUUUUGCAUUUCAUUGAUUAACUUCAUCUCAGUGAUAUUUGGCAGUAUCUGUCGACUUCCUCUCAUCAUUUACAUUUCCCAUAGCAUGUGUUCAUUGCACCGCCCGCUUCUGGAGGUUUCCAGCCACUGGGGCACUGUGAAUUGUUUGUGACAGUAUGAGUUAUCAUCGUUUGUGACAGGCACAAAAAUAAAAGCUAUUUAUCUCUG